AUGGAAUCCUGGCGACUGCUCCCAGAGGAGCUCCGGCUGAUAAUCCUCGAAAUGCUAGCACAUGAUCCAGCACCCAAGAACGAAACCAAGCUCUCAAGAUACCCCCUGACCCAGUACUCUCUCGUCUGCAGAGACUGGCAGAUCUGUUUCGAGCGACUCCUCUACCGCCAUCUUACCCUCGACCGGGAAUCUCUCUGGGACUUUGAGCACAUUGUCUGUCGGCAGAAGUGCUUCGUCAAGCACAUCAGGCUCAACAUCGACAUGGAAGCCUUUGACCGCCUGGCACGCACGAGAUUCGACAUGACGUUUCUUGCUCAUAAAAACUCAAAGGUCUCGGGCACGCUCAUGUAA